CAAGGAUCAGAGAUCUACGCAGGGUCUCAGGGUCGCAGGGUCGUCAUCUAAGCUCAGCUCUUCUGUUUCCCCGCUGUGUAGUUUUAAGCCUCCAUUUUCUUAAUGGAGCUCAGUGCUGCCCCCUUCUGGGAUUUAGCAAGACGACAAAGUGAAAGUCUGAGCUCGUGAGGUAGACAUCGGUGCUGACAGUAUCACAGAGUAGAACACUCAAGCAGGAAGACAGCCCCGGGGGCUCCAGGAGCACAUACGGCCCCCUCCAGUUGCUUUGAUGACCCUAACCCUCCACUCCUCUCUGCAGCAGGCUCUUCAUGCCAAACUUGGUGCCACCUAAGAUCCCCGAUGGAGAGAGAGUGGACUUUGAUGACAUCCACAGGAAGCGCAUGGAGAAGGACUUGAAUGAGCUGCAGACGCUGAUCGAGGCUCACUUUGAGAACCGGAAGAAGGAGGAGGAGGAGCUGAUCUCUCUCAAAGACAGGAUCGAAAAGCGGCGGGCAGAGCGGGCAGAGCAGCAGCGCAUCCGAAAUGAGCGGGAGAAGGAACGACAGAACCGCCUGGCUGAAGAGAGGGCCCGGCGUGAGGAGGAGGAGAACAGGAGGAAGGCUGAGGAUGAGGCCCGCAAGAAGAAAGCUCUGUCCAACAUGAUGCAUUUUGGAGGGUACAUCCAGAAGACAGAGCGCAAGAGUGGGAAGAGACAGACCGAGCGAGAGAAGAAGAAGAAGAUCCUGGCUGAGAGGAGGAAGGUGCUAGCCAUCGACCACCUGAAUGAAGACCAAUUGAGAGAGAAGGCCAAGGAGCUAUGGCAGAGCAUUCACAACCUGGAGGCUGAGAAGUUCGACCUGCAGGAGAAGUUCAAGCAGCAAAAAUACGAAAUCAAUGUUCUUCGAAACAGGAUCAAUGACAAUCAGAAAGUCUCCAAAACUCGUGGGAAGGCCAAAGUCACCGGACGCUGGAAAUAGAGACAGUACUGCUCUCACCAAAGCUCUACCCCUUGCCUGUGUCCCUGCCCUGAGCAUCUCAGCUCUGGGUCCUCCUGGACACCUGAUGCAGACUCCUGUCUGGAAAGUGGGAGCUGUGCUAGCUAGAAGCCAGUACUCUGCCUGACCCCUAUGUCCAAACCACUCCAGUAAUAAAAGACCAGCACACUGCA